AUUUGUUAUCCAUCCAGUGCUUUGUUAGAUCCGGCUCCAAGGUUCAGCUUUCUUGCGAAACUAACGGUUGCCGGACGGUCGAUAGAGGAGAAGGAAGAGGAACCAAGAAGAGAUAAAGGGUCCAUCCAGUUCACUUGAGUUAUCAUAGAUGGAGCAGGGGAAACAAGGAGUGGUAGUUAAAUUGACUCCUCCGCAGAACCCCUUGGAGCAGAUUCAGGCUCGUUUCAAGGAACUAGAAAAUGGGUUCAGGACCUGGUUGGCCAAGCAAUCUCUCCCAGUUGAGGCCGCUGUUGUCACCGCCACCAGCGCUGCGCAGGGCGCUGCUAUUGGUGGCUUUAUGGGCACUCUCACCAACGACGUUUCUUCUUCUCUCCCCACUCCUCAAGCCGGCCUUAACCCUCAAGCCAUGGCUUCUUUCAAGCAGGCUCAGGCUCUUGCUGGAGGUCCCCUAGUACAAGCUCGCAACUUUGCCGUCAUGACAGGUGUUAAUGCUGGCAUAUCUUCUGUUAUGAAGAGACUAAGAGGCAAGGAGGAUGUCCAGUCAAGUAUGGUGGCUGCUUUUGGGUCUGGGGCGAUGUUUUCUUUGGUGAGUGGAAUGGGAGGUCCAAAUCAGGCGGCAAAUGCAGUUACAUCUGGUCUUUUUUUUGCACUCGUUCAAGGUGGACUGUUCAAGUUAGGGGAAAAGUUUUCUCAACCACCUGUGGAAGAUGUGUACUAUGCUAAAACAAGAAGCAUGUUGAAUAACCUUGGACUACAAAGCUAUGAGAAGAAUUUCAAGAAAGGCUUAUUGACCGAUACCACUUUGCCUCUGCUCACUGAUAGGCAUUGCGCUUAGAGAUGUCAAAAUUCCCCCAGGACCAAGGCUACUCAUUCUGGAUCACAUUCAGAGGUCUCAAUUAAGUUCUCUAAACAAAAUUGUCGUUGCUUCCAUUACAAGUAUUCUCUCAUUUAUAGCUUAACUUUUAAUUUCAGGAACCCAGAGCUAAGAGACAGAUGAAGCUGAUUUGAGGGGAAGAUCUUGCCCUGUUCUUUUGCGACCCAAGUGUCAGUACUCUUUCUAGUUGAACUUGAGUUGGUAAGGGAAUAGUAUUAGGUCAACUUAAUUAGGAAGAAUGUGUAAUAAAUAGGCCUGUUGUACUUGUGAGAAGUUGAUUUGUCAUUUGAAUUCGCACUAAGUUCGAUUUUGAAUGCACCUUUUCGUUUAUAUUGGAUGACAGAACCAUGCUACUGUAGGGUUGGUGGAAGUUUUUUUUCCUUUUGUUUUUUCUUUUCUUCUCUUUUUGAGAUAAUGUAUCUUGAAUGGUUAAUCUUCAAAUUUGCUGAACUUUUUCUAUAAA